AUGGAAAAACUCUGCAAUGGAAAUGAAGGAAUGCCUGAGAAACAAGGGAAGACGGAAUACAAAGAACAGCCACAGGAUGUGGGAAGGCCAGAAUUAGCUUGUACUCUGGAAGACAAGGAAAAGUUAGAAAACAAGGGAAAGACAGAAAAUGAGGAAAUACUGAAGGACAAGGAAAGGCCAGGGAGUGUGGAAAAGCCCAAAGAGGGAAAGCCAGAGAACCUGGAAAAUCCAAAAGAAGAAGGAAAACCCACGAGUGAGGGGAAGCCAGAGAGCAAGGGACAGCCAAAAGAAGGAGGAGCAGGGAUCGAGGGAGAACCAAAAGAAAUAAAAUCAGAGAGUGAGAAAAAAAAUCAGAGCCAAUGAAAAGAGGGAAAGCCAGAGAGCCAAACCAAAGGCUGUGGGAAAGCACCAGCUGGGAAUGAUGUACCCAGGCAGGCCAAAAGAAAAACCAGCAUGGGGCUGGCUCAGUGUCUCAAGGAAUAUGAGGAGGCCAUACACAAUAUGCAUUUGAACAAUGAGGAGAUGAUAAGAGAAUUUGAUGAGAUGGGCAGGGUGGAGGAUUAGGUGAAGGAAACCAGACAAAUUGGGGGGGUGGUGGUUUUGAGGACACAAAAAAGUUUACAGGACCCUUUCCACCCGGGGCCAAGAGAACUCAGGGGUGGAUGCAGAGCCCCACAGAGGGACUUUGAAGACAUUCCUUUUGUGUAG